CCAUGGCAAUGCUCAACCUCACUCUCCCUGGCCAGCAUCCCCACCCUGAAGCCGUCGUCCAAGAUGUCCACAGACGAGUGAACGUGUCGCUGUCAAGAAGACAAAUGCUAUCGUACACUGAUGCCAACCAGUCAACCCUCUGCCCGACGGGGAACCCCAUCGACGACUGCUGGCGGUGCGACACCAGCUGGCAGCUGAACCGGCAGCGCCUGGCCGACUGCGGCAUCGGCUUCGGCCAGUACGCCCUGGGAGGCAAGGGCGGCCGCUACUACGUCGUCUCCGACUCCUCCGACCACGACGCCGUGAACCUCCGCCCUCGCACCCUCCGCUGCGCCGUCAUCCAAAUAUGUUUUAAAUGA